AUGAAUGAAGAAGUUAUUAACCACCUCUCCAGAAGAAAACUCUUCACACAAAAUGCCGAAUAUAAUGAAAGUUUUGUUCUCUUAUUCACUAUUGCAUCUUCGAUGAUCUGGAUAAUGGUUCCAGGUUUAGCAUUUCUUUAUAGUGGGUUAGCAAGAAGGAAAAGUGCCCUUUCUAUGAUUUGGAUAGUCAUUAUGUCAAGCUUUAUAGGUAUAUUCCAAUGGUAUUUUUGGGGCUAUUCUUUAGCAUUUAGCGAUAAGCUGAGUAAUCCAUUUAUUGGUGAUUUACAUUUUUUUGGCUUCAAAAACUUGUUAGGCGCGCUGGCCAGCAAUAGCGAUUAUCCACAAUUGGCAUUUGCUUUGUUCCAAUUGCAGUUUUUACUAGUGACACUAGCUAUAUUGGCUGGAGGAUGUAUUGGUGAAAGAGGCCGUUUCUUACCAGCAAUGGUUUUCUUGUUUUGUUGGGCUACAAUUGUAUAUUGCCCCGUUGUUUAUUGGAUCUGGGGCGGCGGAUGGGCCAUGAACUACAGGUCAGGAGCUUUAGAUUAUGCUGGAGGAGGACCAGUUGAAAUACUAAGUGGUGCUUCAGCGUUUGUUUAUUCGGCUUUUCUUGGAAGAAGAAAUGAAACUUUAAUGAUAAAUUAUAGACCACACAAUAUUAGCACAAUCUUUCUAGGCACAGCUUUGUUGUACCUUGGUUGGUUGUUCUUCAAUGGUUUUAGCUGUGCUAAUCCAAGUUUAAGGGUUGCUUAUUCAAUGAUGAACACACAUUUGUGUGGAGCUUUUGGUGCCAUAUCAUGGUGCUUAUUAGAUUUCAGGUUGGAAAAUAAAUGGUCGAUGGUUGCAGUUUGUUCUGGAUGUAUUUCUGGCUUAGUUGCGGCCACUCCAAGCUCGGGUAUGAUUCCACUUUGGGCAAGUGUUAUAUUGGGAAUAGUUUCCGGCAUAAUUUGUAAUUUAUCGACCAAGAUUAAAUAUUUAUGUCGUGUUGAUGAUUCUUUGGAUGUUUGGGCAGAGCACGGUGUUGCUGGAGUUAUUGGAUUAUUGUUCAAUGCUCUUUUUGGUUCUGCCACCGUGAUUGGUUAUGACGGUGUGACUGAACAUCAAGGCGGAUGGAUAGAUCAUAAUUGGAAGCAGUUGUAUAUUCAAAUUGCCUAUAUUUUGGCAACAUUGGGAUAUUCUUGUGUAGUUACCGCCAUUUUGUGUUUUGUUAUCAACAAGAUCCCCGGAUUACAUUUGAGAGUCGACUACAAUGGUGAGGAGAUGGGCAUUGAUGAAGAUCAAAUUGGGGAAUUUGCGUAUGAUUAUGUUGAAGUAAGAAGAGAUUUCUUAGACUGGGGCACACCGCUGGAUAGGAAGCCCGAGGAGACUGAAGAAGUAGAAACUUUUGAAAAGCCGGUUGACGAGAGUAAUUUGGGUGUGGGUGCAGGUGGAAAAAGAUGCCAUAAAAUGCAGGUUCCCAAGGUAUACAAUGGUAUUGAAAAUCCGUUACUGCUGGGGAUUAACACUUUUGAAAGUAUAUCAGAUGAGAAAUCAAAAGAUAAUAAAGAAACAUCUAAUCAGCAUAGUCAUUAUAAUAGUAUUUCAGGAACAGAAGAUGCUGCUUCGAUAGCUCCAUAUCACCCGAAAAACAGCACUGAAAGUAAUAUCAGCAAAAGUAGUAUACCGAAAAACAACACUGAAAGUAAUAUCAGCAAAAGUAGUACAAUACCGAAAACCAAGAUAACGUAG